AUGUGGUCUGAAGACGGCAAAGCCAAGGCAGCUAAAGCUUCUUUCAGACCCAAAAAUAAUAAGUUCCGUGUGGAGGAGCCAGAGCUGCACCUGGGGCCAUACGAGAGCCACCUGCAGAUGUUUGUGUGGAAGGAGAUGAUUCAGGUGGUUCUCGCCUCAGGACGCUCCACUUCUCUGAAAGUUAAGACCAAACCUCAGAAAGUUGGUUUGUACCUGAACUGUCUGAGAAAAGAGUUGUCAUUCUACAACGCAGACACCAUGGAGCUAAUGCACACGGCAACGUUCUCCAGCAGCCUCCCAGUGUGUGUCCACUUUAGUUUGGGAAAACGGCGCCACAAUCCUCUGGUGAUCUAUAAGUACUAA